CAUACGCCGCAUGCCACCACCAGGCACAAGGCAAAAAUGCAGCUGCCCGCUUAUCGGCAGGACUGGAAGGAGAAUCCCAAGCCGUUCUACUUCCGCUGUACGAUCUUAAAGUCAAGUCGAUGGCGGAAGCCUUUGAAGGUGGUGCUGGCGCUGAUGGCUGCGUACGUUUUCAUGGACGGUCUCGUGACUUUGUUCAUGUAUGCAACGCUAACGCACGGUCCGGUGCCGCUGCCGCAUUCGCUGAUUGAAAUGGAGGCUGCGAUUGCCUCCUCUCCAGUUCGAAUCGAAGAUGCGGAGUUGCUUCAUUUGAGCUACCUCAACGCGGUCUGCACACACGAGAAGGACGCGGUGAUCUCGUGGGCGUACAACAGUUCGGUAGUUGACAGGUCCUUGCUGCUGACCCCAGACACGCCGACGCCAGUGCUUGUGCAAGCGCUGUCGAAUUGCCCCGACAUCGACAUCUUUCUCCCAAGCUCCAUUCGGGACCACGGGUAUUGCGAAGACAGCAUGGCGUACGUCCUGUACCUCCGCGCGCGAGCUUUGCCCGAGUGGGUUGUCGACAUGACGUUUCACCAUGCCGGCAAGUCGUUCACGUACUUUGACUUAUGUCCUCGGUCGGCCAUGUUGUUUAUGAACCACUACUGGCACAACCUGCCGUUCCGGUCAGAUUUCCCGCGGCAUAAGAAGGUGGUGCUCAUGCCAAAUGUCGAAAUGUACGAGCUCAAGGCGGAGCACUACCAUCGAGCUGACUACGUCUUGGCCAAGACGUUGGACGCGUAUUCGCGCUUGACGAGAUGGUAUACCCAGCACCAACCACCAUCGCAUAUCAACAACAACCGUUGGUUUCGACGCCAUAUCGACAACAUAUCACGGCAUACCAAGGUCCUGUACACCCAGCACACGUCGAGCGACCCGACGAUUCUAUCUCGAAUGACAUCGCCAUAUUCGACCAAGAAAACGUUUCAAACGUUGUCCUUUUUGCACGUGAAUGGCCGCAGCGUCCACAAAAAUACUCUGGCGAUUUUAGAUUGCUGGCAGUCGCGGCCAGAUUUGCCCCCGCUCGUCGUGUACGCCAAGGAUGACCGGUCGAACGCGCAUUACCACGCGCUGUUUCCUGACGGGAGCAACAACGUACAGUACCACCACGGCACGGACGUCGAUCCGAUCGCGUUUGGCGCGAUUCUCGCCGCCGCCCCCGUGAUCCUAUGUCCCAGUGCCAUGGAAGGAUUUGGUCACUAUAUCAACCAAGCUCGGGCCGCGGGCGCCGUGGUGGUAACUACUGACGGACUGCCCAUGCGUGAGUUUGUGGAUAAGUCGAAUGGUGUACUAGUGGCCGCAGAACUGUUGAAACCGCCGGUGUGGACUGAGGACUUCUGGAGCUUGGGCCAAGAGAUGGGAAGGCAGUACAAGGUCCACCAGCACUGGCGUGUGGGCACGGGCAUGGAGUGGACAGUGACCGGGCGAGCCAUCUGCGACGCCGUCGACAAAAUAGUGACCAUGAGCCCGCGCGAACGACAGGGCAAAGCCGCCGCGGGCCGACUUCGGUACCUCCACCAACUGACGUUCUUCAAAAAGCAAAUGCUGGCGUUCCUCGUCGAGUUGCAAGAGCAAGACGAGCGGGCACUUGAUGGGGAUAGAGCCGUCGACACGACGUAUUUAAUGAAUUAGCAUGCACCACAAUAUUAUUAUUGUAGUUAUUGUGCUUUGCACCUUUUUUGGCAA